UUGCUUUGAUCUGUUCUAUCCCUGUACCCACCCUCUCCCUCACACUGUUCUGCGAUCCUUCGGACGAGCCAGUCUUCAGCAACAGUUUCUGAUGCCAGCAGGGCCAGCCUCCGAACAGCACCCACGACGCAACAAGAGGAUCGCCGAUCACCAACAGCGACAGCAACCUCCAGUUCCACAACCUCCACAGACCAGUACUCAGAUGGCGAACACGCCAUACAACGGAUCAUCAUCCGAGGGUUCGACAACUAGUAAUGUCGAACCCUUACCGGUCUAUCUGGUGCAAGGGUUGAAUGAGCCUCUCCCGGACUUCAUUCAGAGAAUGCAGAACUAUACAGCCGCACUCACCCAGGUCAAGGAACAGCAAGAGGCUGCCGCGGCCGAAAGACUACGGCUAGCAGAGGAAGCUGCAGCACAAACCCGGCGUCAAGCCGAGGCAGACCAGUUGGCGAUCGAUCAACUCAACGCCGGCAGCGCUGACCUUGUAAGUGCUAACCAAGCACAAUGGACAGCGGUGCUCAACGGGAUGCGUUAUGUCCCGGCACCCGGCAGCGAGCCAACGACAGUACAACAAGAGAGGCACGACCGGGCAGAUAUUCUACUCCAUACAAUGCGGGCCGUCAUUUGGAACAGCUCCAUGGGGGAGCUGCAUUCCCGGUCCACACUGCAGCUACAACACGAUCUGAGCGACAACGUGAAGAUACUUGCAGCAACUGUCAAGGUCGCGGACAACCAGUUGAAACAGCUGGAUGCACGCAUUGCUACCUUGGAGGCAAGGCCUCCCCAAGCAGCGCCAGGCUGCACACCAGAUAUGACAGACACAACGAAGCAGCUCAAUGGGCACAUCGAUCAUGUCCUCAAUCUCAUCGGCGACAUAGGUGUUUUCAAUGGGCCGGACACGAUCCGUAGCACGGUGGUCGCCAUCAAGACGGACAUCACCAAGCUGCAGAUGAAACCGGACCCCACUACGAAGAACUACAAGAUGCCGCACUUUGACAUCAGCAAGUUCGACGACCACAACAAGACGGACGCUUUGGCAUGGUGGCAACGUUUCCUCACGGAAGCAUCAUGCCGCACUGUCCCGGACGACUAUCUGAUGAAGGCGUUAUACUUACAGCUGAUUGGAGGAGCGCAGGCAUGGAUGAACCAUCUGGCGGCUACCCACACAUGCACCAUCGUCGAACUUCACACGCACAUCACGUGGAAGGAUUUCGAGAAGUUAUGGUUCACCCGGUUCAUGGUCCGCAACGUCGUGAAGGCGGUCAUGAACGAGGUGUACACCUGCUCUCAAGGAAAUUUACGCUCCUAUUUGCACACUACAGUACCAGCUCCGCUGACGGACGAUGGAGUAGCGGUUGUCGAUCUCCGCUCCUAUCUUGCGAAGAUUGGCCGCGAGUACGCCACCCAGAGGUACGCCGAAAUCGACGCUCCUUUGCUCUAUAUCUGCAUUCAAAUCGGAAAGGCAACCUGUAAUGCCUUGAUUGAUUGCGGAGCGUCUCGCAACUUUAUGAGCCAAGCCUUUAUGGCCCGCGCAGGUSUUGGCCCRCGCGUUCGAAGGAAGACGCAACCCACRCAAGUUACACUCGCGGACGGCCGCACGCAAAAGUCAAUUGACCGAUGCGUCGACAACGUUCCGAUAUACUUUGCGCCACUUGCGUGCGAGCCGGUGUCUUUUGACAUCCUCGACACCAAGUUCGACAUGAUUCUAGGCAUGUCUUGGUUGCGUAGCGUCGAUCAUUCGGUGAACUUCCAUGAUCGAACCGUUCACAUCCGUGAUCGGAACGGAGUGUUAGUCCCAUGUACGGUCGCGACCCCUCUCACUUCGAUUGCUUGUCAUGUGGUUUCCGUUGCGAGAAUUCACGACGCUAUAGCUCGGAAUGACGUCGAGGAGAUGGGCCUUGUAUUCUUGCAUGCUCUCCCCUCGCCGGACGGACCAGCCGCGUCACCGCCGGACCCACGCAUUUCUCACCUCUUGGACGAGUAUAGAGACGUCUUCGAGGCUCCCACCGGAACGGUUCCGGAUCGGCCAAUACGUCACGGGAUCACUCUCGAGGCUGGCGCCGUCCCUCCGCGUGGAUCUAUCUACCGCAUGAGCGAAGAGGAACUCGAGGUGCUUCGCGCACAACUCGAUGACCUUCUCGACAAGGGCUGGAUUCGCCCUAGUUGCUCGCCAUACGGUGCCCCUGUUUUCUUCGUCCGGAAGAAGAACAAAGAUCUACGGCUAUGCAUCGAUUAUCGAAAACUUAAUGCACAAACCGUAAAGAACGCCGACCCUCUCCCUCGGAUUGAUGAUCUUCUUGAGCGGUUAGGCGGCGCGACGUACUUCUCGAAGUUGGACUUGAAGUCAGGUUACCMCCAGAUUGAAAUCCAGCCUCAAGACCGGUACAAGACCACGUUCAAGACGCGGACGUUGGACGAGCACAUCGUACACCUUCGCGUUGUUCUGGAUCGUUUGCGACUAGCCAAGUACAAAGCGAAUCUCGACAAGUGCGAAUUCGCCAAGCAAGAGCUUGAGUACUUGGGUCAUUUUGUCACGUCGAAAGGCAUUCGUCCCUUAGCGGAUAAGAUCCAAGCCCUCGUGGAUUGGCCGGAGCCCCGUUGCACGAUGGAUGUACGCUCUUUCAUGGGUUUGGCUGGAUAUUAUCAGCGAUUCGUCGAGUCAUACUCGAAAGUGGCUGCUCCUUUGUCGAGACUUCAGUCCCCGAAGGUGCCCUUCGAGUUCGACGACGCAGCCCGUGGCGCAUUCACUACGUUGAAGGCAGCAAUGCAAGCCGCACCUGCCCUCCGUAUAUACGACCGCACCCUACCCACCCAAGUGACUACGGACGCUUCGGGAUACGGUAUUGGCGCGGUGUUGGAACAGUGUCACGAGGACGGUUGGCAUCCGGUCGAGUAUUUCUCCCAAAAGGUGCCUCUCGUAAACACUCUCGACGACGCUAGGAAGAAAGAGCUACUCACGUUCGUCACCGUUCUCAAACGGUGGCGCUACUUUCUUCUCGGACGUCGGCGUUUUAAAUGGAAUACAGACAACAAUCCGUUGACCUUUUACAAAACGCAGGAUACGGUCACUAGUACGAUCGGUCAAUGGAUGUAUUACAUCGACCAGUUUGACUUUGACCCGUGCCACAUUCCCGGUCCCGCCAAUCGAGCUGCGGACGCCCUCUCACGACGGCCCGACUUUUGUGCCAUUGUGACCACGACAUUCGACCUCGAGGACGAUCUGCAGCCGCAUUUCGUCAAAGGCUACAAGUCCGAUCCGACUUACUCUACGCUUUAUGCGGAGCUUUCAUCGGAUCACCCGCCGGCUGGCCACUAUCGGAUUUCCAAUGGGUUCCUUCUCCUCCACACGAGAGGAAAGGACUUGUUAGUCGUGCCCCAAGAUCGCAUCUUACGGACUCGUCUCCUCGGCGAAUUCCACGAUGCACGACUUUCGGUACACCUUGGCGUGAACCGCACAUUAGCGCGCCUUCGCCAGCGUUUUCACUGGCCCGACGUCCUUCAUGACGUCACGAGGUACAUUGAGUCAUGUGCAGUUUGCCACCGUAACAAGGGUCGAUCUCGAGUCCCCUUCGGCAAACUGAAACCGUUGCCGAUUCCUCGGGCACCGCGCCUCUCCAUUGCUAUGGACGUGACAGGCCCGUUCCCCCGCGAUCGCCACGGCCAUGACGGUAUUCUCACGGUCGUUGACCGUUUGAGCAAGUAUGCUCGCUUCCUUCCUUGCAAGUAUCAUGCUGCAGCGCCUGAGCUCGCACGACUCUUGCAGACCGGUUGGAUUACCAACCAGGGUGUUCCGGAAGACAUAGUGAGCGACCGAGAUACUCGCUUCAUGUCGGCCUUUUGGACUUCCCUCAUGACUGAGUCCGGUACAACAAUGAAGCCAAGCUCGGCUCGGCACCCGCAGACGGAUGGCCAAACGGAGCGAGCACACCAGACCGCUUAGAUGAUGUUGUGUACGCUCAUCCGUCCCGACCAGAAAGAUUGGGUUGACUGGCUUCCUGACAUCGAGUUCGCCUAUAACACUUCGGUGCACCCGGCGA